GCUAUUUACUUUCUAGAAGAGAAGGUCAAGCAGGAUCCCCUGAAAAGCCAUUGUCUGAUCUGGGUCGUCUCUCAUACUUGGCUUACUGGAAAAGUGUCAUAUUAGAAUACCUUAACUGCCACCAUGAAAAACAAAUCAGCAUCAAAGGAAUGAGUCGAGCUACUGGAAUGUGUCCACAUGAUAUUGCCACAACCCUGCAGCAACAUAGCAUGAUAGAUAAAAGAGAAGAUAGAUUUGUAAUUAUUAGAAGGGAAAAGCUGAUUUCAAGUCACAUGGAGAAACUGAAAGCGAAUCCACGUAUCAAUGAAGUAGAUCCUGAAAGCUUGAGAUGGACUCCUUUGUUAGUGUCUAAUGCUGCAGUUUCUGAAGAAGAGAGAGAAGCAGAAAAGGAGGCUGAGCGUCUGAUGGAACAAGCUAGCUGCUGGGAAAAGGAAGAGCAAGAACUAUUCUCCACGAGAACUAAUAGUAGGCAAUCACCUGCAAAAGUACAAUCUAAAAAUAAAUAUUUGCGAUCUCCAGAAAGUGUGGCAGUGGUGGGUGAGCGAGGGCAAUCCACGGAGCAGUCUAAGGAGAGCAGCGAGGAAGAUGGCGGGGAGGAGAAUCAGCAAAGUUCGCCUCCCCGGCUGACAAAGCCACAGUCGCUGGCCAUAAAAAGAAAGAGACCUUUCAUACUGAAAAAGAAAAGGGGCCGUAAACGCAGAAGGAUUAAUAGCAGUGUUACAACAGAGACAAUUUCGGAAACGACAGAGGUGUUGAAUGAGCCAUUUGAUAACUCGGAUGAAGAGCGCCCCAUGCCACAGCUGGAACCUACCUGCGAGAUGGAUGGGGAGGAUGAUGACUUGAAGCCUCUGAUUAGAAAAGCUUUUAAGUAUCAACCUGGGCAGCAGAAACAGGAGAAGGAGGAGGAGGAGGAGCAGAACAAGGAGGAGGAAGAUAUUGGUUGUUACAGGAGUGAUGACAAUUGUACAAAUAAUACAGAGGAUGUAGCUGUGUUGGAAGAAAGCACUAAAGACAAUCUUGAACCUUUAAAGAGUAAGCAGGGUUGGCCCAAAGGAGUUAAGCGUGGUCCAUCUAAAUGGAGGCAAAGCAAAGAAAGAAAACCUGGCUUUAAGCUCAAUUUAUACACUCCACCUGAAACUCCCAUGGAGCCUGACUAUCAGGUGCUGGUGGAAGAACAGAAGGAAGUAGCUGAAGACAAGCCCUGUUCAGUUCCUGCUGUUACAGAGGAAGUGAUUAAAGAGCCUGUUGAAGUAUUACCACCACCAGAUGAUGAGGUAAAAGAGGUAGAACCUGAACCUCUGAAUCCACCUAGUGAACCCUUUGAAAAACAAGAAAAUGAUACAGUGAAAGCUGGGGAAGAAGAUUUGAAUGUAGAAGAAGGUGGAAUCAAUUCAAAAGAUCAAGAAAAAGACAAAGCAGAGGAGAUAUUUUUGCAAAAAGAGGAGUCGGUGCAUUUGGAUGAUCAGGAGGAAGAGGAGGAGGAUGAAGAACCUUCUCACAAUGAGGAUCAUGAUGCAGAUGAUGAAGACGAUAGCCACAUGGGUUCAACAGAAGUGGAGAAAGAGGAAUUGCCUGGUGAAGCUUUCAAAGAAAUGCUGGAAACACAGCAGUCUUUUUUAGACGUAAAUGUUCAAACUGGUAAUUCAAAUCAAGAGGACUUAAUGGAUUGUAGUGUUGACCUUGCAGCUGAUGAGUGUGAAAGUGACCAGAAAGAACUUGCUACAGAUUCAGACCCAGUGCCUGAAUCUGAUGAUGAUCAUACGGAUAACAACCAGGACCAAAAAGCUGGUGAAGAAUUACAUUCCGAUUUCAAGGGAGAGAGUGAUGAGACCAUGGAGAUUGAUUCGGAGACGGUUCAAGCAGUACAGUCUCUAACCCAAGAAGCCAGUGAACAUGAAGAUACCUUUCAGGACUGUGCAGAGACUCAAGAGGCGUGUAGAAGUUUGCAAAACUAUGCCCAUAAUGACCAAAGUCCCCAGAUGACCACACUGGAUGAUUGUCAGCAGUCUGACCACAGUAGCCCAGUUUCAUCUGUGCACUCUCAUCCCAGCCAAUCAGUUCGUUCUGUUAACAGUCCAAAUGUUGCUCCUUUAGAGAACAACUAUGCUCAGAUCAGCCCAGAUCAAAGUGCCAUUUCUGUGCCGUCUCUACAGAACAUGGAGACCAGCCCGAUGAUGGAUGUUCCCUCAGUUUCUGAUCAUUCACAACAAGUUGUGGAUAGUGGGUUUAGUGACUUAGGGAGCAUUGAGAGCACAACAGAGAACUAUGAAAACCCAAGCAGUUAUGAUUCUACAAUGGGUAGUAGCAUCUGUGGAAACAACUCCUCACAAAACAGUUGCUCAUACAGUAGCCUUACAUCUAGUAACCUAACGCAGAGUAGCUGUGCAGUGACACAGCAGAUAUCUAACAUUAAUGGAAGCUGCAGUAUGAUGCAACAAACAAACAUAAAUUCUCCUCCCACUUGUAAUGUAAAAUCUCCCCAAGGUUGUGUUGUUGAAAGGCCUCCAAGCAGCAACCAACAGUUACCGCAGUGCAGUAUGGCCACUAAUUUUACACCACCUAUGCAGUUAACUGAAAUCCCUGAGACUGGCAAUUCCAAUAUUGGAUUAUAUGAAAGAAUGGGGCAGAGUGAAUUUGGAGCGGGGCAUUACUCACAACCAUCUGCCACCUUCAGCCUUGCCAAAUUGCAACAGUUAACUAACACGCUUAUGGAUCAUUCUUUGCCUUACAGCCAUUCAGCUGCUGUAACUUCCUAUGCAAACAGUGCCUCUUUGUCCACCCCCUUAAGUAAUACAGGGCUUGUUCAGCUUUCUCAGUCUCCACAUGCUGUUCCUGGAGGACCCCAAGCACAGGCUACCAUGACCCCUCCCCCCAACCUUACUCCUCCUCCCAUGAAUUUGCCACCUCCCCUUUUGCAGCGUAAUAUGACUUCAUCGAAUAUUGGAAUAACUCACACCCAAAGACUGCAGACUCAGAUGACCAGCAAAGGUCACGUUUCUGUAAGAACCAAAUCCACGCCUCUGCCACCUGCUGCUGCAGCCCAUCAGCCACAAAUUUAUGGGCGUGCUUCACAGACUGUGGCCAUGCAAGGGCCUGCACGGACCUUAACAAUGCAGCGUGGUAUGAACAUGAGUGUGAAUUUGAUGCCAGCCCCAGCUUAUAAUGUCAAUUCAGUGAACAUGAAUAUGAAUACCCUUAAUGCUAUGAAUGGUUAUAGUAUGUCCCAGCCAAUGAUGAAUAGUGGCUAUCACAGUAAUCAUGGGUAUAUGAAUCAAACACCCCAGUACCCUAUGCAGAUGCAGAUGGGGAUGAUGGGAACUCAGCCAUAUGCACAGCAACCAAUGCAGACAGCACCCCACAGUAACAUGAUGUACACUCCUCCGGGGCAUCAUGGCUACAUGAAUACAGGCAUGUCUAAGCAGUCUCUUAAUGGAUCCUACAUGAGAAGGUAGGCCCUUUGGAGAGACAGACUACCAAACUGGCAUGUUGGAUUGAUCUGCACAAAUAUCUUUUGGAGAGUACGAUUUCAAAACCAGCAAUUGGUGUGAAUGCAAAAACAUUUGUUGGCACCAUUUAAAAGCUGUAUGCAGCAGAAAGCCUUAUACAAGUUUGGGGUUUUUUUUUUUCUUUAUUUCUUGCUUUGGUGGGUUUGUUUUUGGUUUUUUUUUUUUUAAACUUUGUGGAACUUAACUUUUCUUCUCUUUUCUUUGGGGGGAAAUUAGGUGGUUUUCCAUUUUUUGUUUAUUUCAUUGAGCUUGAAGUUCUCUGGAAAGGAAGAACUCUUUCUAUGAACUGCAAUUACACAGCAGCUGAUGGUUCAGAGCCAUUUUAUGUGCCUGCUCCCAUUAAAAAUGUGGAUAAAUAGACUCCAAAACUAUCAGACAGUACUGGAUCGUGAGCUUUUUUCUCUCUCCUUUCCCCACAUGUAAAUGCCUUUUAGCAGUUCUUUUACUGUAUUAUUUUGUUUCUGAAGGUGACACUUCCGCAUGCCGCUAAUGUCUUUGUUAGUGACAGUGCAUUUUGUAGUACUGUACAAGUGUUGUGCUUAACAGUAAGCCAUUUCUUAAUUUUUUUGCCUUGAUUAGGUUACCCUAAUUUGAGGGGUAAAAAAAAAAAACAGAACUAUAUUUUUGUUAAUUAUAAAACUUGUAAAAAAUAAUAAAAAAGCUGCAAAAGCUAUUCACAUUUUGGUUAGUUCAAAGGGUUUUAUUGCUGUAUGUUUACUGUAAAGUUGAGACUCUUCCAUUUUUGUGACCAGUUUCUUUGGGGCUGGGGUAGGAAAAAAGGCAGCUUUCUGUUUUAUAAAUACUGUUAUGUUUUUUUGUUGAUUGAAACAUUUCAGUGUUUAUUUGUCAAGUUUUGAAACAUUUUCAUAUAUGUCCAAAUACUUGGCAGGAUUUAAAAAAAAAAAAAAAAGUAGUGAAUUUGGUGUAAAGUUGCUAUUUUAUGGAAAUGCCUCUAACUUUACAUUUUCAUUCCAUCUGUAGAUUUUUCUAUCUUUAUAAAAUACUGGAGUUAUUUUUUAAGGGAAAAAUAGAGCAGUAGCGUGUGAAUAGCUCAAACUAAGCUUACAGAUCGCAUGUAAAAAAGCAAAAGUUAUUUGUGUCUGUUUAUAUUGCUUCCUUUUUUGUAGCCUUUGUACCUGUACAGAGUGACUGUAAGGGCCGAACAGAAGAGGCUUGAUACAUGUAAAAAUAGGACCCAGUGACACUCUUGUAUUUAUCUGUUAUCUUUUUAGUCAGUCACUUAAAAAUUAAAAAAAAACACCCCACAAAGAAACCACCCAAGAAACAAAAAAAAAAACCCUGCAAAAAACAACACCCCCCCAAGCUGUACAUUUUAACAUAAAAUAAAUUAUGAUGAGCCA